AUACCUGACAAAGAAACUCUUGACAUUGAUUGCAGCUGUUCUUGAUCCCUAUGGAGCUACUAUGUUUGGUUCUCGGGUUAGUGACUACAAAAAAAAGCAAAUGAAAUUUAAAUGAACUUCUGAAUCUUGCUUGAACUAUUCUGGUUAUUUGGUUACGGAAAUUUCAUGUCUGAUCUGUUGUACUAUUAUGGGGAAACACAAAAAAACACAGGGGGGCAAAAUAGCCAGCAGCAACAGUGGCUGAAUUCUGGUGCUUGGAACCAAGGGAUGCAACAUACACACCCCUGGAUGCAAAAUCGAAGGCUUCCACAUGCUUAUAUUAACAGAACACAAAGGAAUGCCCUGAAUAUUCCAGUGAGUGCAACUAUGUAUGGUAUCUUCAAUAGUCAAGGCAAUACACAGGCAAACUUGCCUGUGAACCUGGGUGCACAUACUUCAGUGGGUGAGUACAACCAAGUGUCUGCUGUGCUCCAACCCCCUGCAAACAAGGUCGCUUAUGAAGCCCCUAUGUCAUACAUGCAACUCCUACUUGCUGCUGAAGAAGAGGGUGCUAGAAAUGCAUCAUCUCAAUCACAAGAAGAUCGCCUUGUUCGUACUGAGAACGAUAUGUACAUGAUAACUGGGCGAUACAGUGUAUCUUCAGAAGAUCCAUUCCAAGCACAUGCGGGCGGUGGAGCUCAGCAUACAUCUGAAGUCGAUGACCAGCAUGAUAUAGAUCUUGAACCUUUUGUUGACAAUCGAUUUUCAGAAAGCUUGAAUGAUUUGAACUGGGACAAUGAAAUGCAGACAGAAGCAGGAGGAAACAAAAACGGCUCUAUGGUCUCAAAUGAGAUUGCUUCUGACAAUGAUUCUGAUUCCGAGGAUGAUCUUUCUUCGUCGUUGUUGCAAAAGGCCUCUGAAAUUGCUGUUACAACUGCUGGAGAACAAGAGAACAGUGGUACAGCUGGUGAAGUUCAAAAAUUAACACAGGAAGACAUACUGAUAUUCCUUGAAAAUGACAGUAUAGAAGCUGCUCAAAGUGCUAGCCAAGAAGUGCGCAGCCAUCACGUACCCCAUGUGGACAUGGUCUUUGAUACGGAUGAUGCAGCUUACAACUUUUACAAUGAGUAUGCCUCAAUUGCUGGUUUUCUGUGAUUAAAGCAUCUCGCUAUUGUGGCAAGAAACAAGGAGGCAGUGCAGCAACUCGGGUAACUUUCAAGUGCAAUCGGUCAGGAAGACUAAUUGAUGAAGAAGAACAAGAGAAUAGGAAGAAGAAACGAAGUGACACAAGGCAACAGAAGACAGGACAAGAGCCCUAUCGCAACGCAAGGAAGAAAAAAGCAAACACCAUUGCAAUAACAGGAUGUAAAGCUCAGCUUAUUGUCACCAAGAAGGAUGAGAAGUGGGUGAUAACAACCAUAAACCUAGAGCACAACCAUGAUUUGAGUCCUCACACAGAAGUGAAAUACCUUCGUUCUCAUAACUACAUGACAGACGACGAGAAGCUCCUAAUCCGAACUUUCAAUGCUGUGAAGCUACAAACAAGACAAAUAAUAGCAAUCCUAAGUUACUUGAGAGGCGGGAACACUCCUUACACCAAAAAGCAUGUAAGGAAUGUUAGAACAGCCAUUGGCAAAGAGAGCAAUCAAAAUGACAUGAUGCAGGUGCUCACAUAUUUCAGGAAGAGACAAGCUGACGAUCCACAGUUUUACUAUGCGUUCAAAACAAAUAAAGUCCCUGAUGACGCAAGUAAAGUUUUGUGCAUUUUCUGGGCUGACAGAUAUCCUAGGAAAAUGUAUGAGCUGUAUGGCGAUUGCCUCAGCUUCGACACAACAUUCAAGACAAACAGAUACAACCUCCCGUUUGCUCCCUUUGUUGGUGUCACGGGACAUGGCCAGAACUGUUUGUUUGCUUGCUCUAUCAUAGAGAAUGAAACAGCUGACACCUUUCAAUAGUUGUUUGAGACAUUCUUGCAUUGCAUCGGUGGGAAAUCUCCGUCCACAAUCAUAACAGACGAUGAUGCUGGGAUGAACACAGCUAUUCCUUUAGUUUUCCCGCAUAUCUGCCACAGGCGUUGUUUGUUUCAUAUUAAAAAGAAGGUUGAGGAAAAAUGUACUAGGACUUUUGCAACACAUAAGACACUACAUGAUGAUUUCAGUGACAUCAUUCACAACUCUCUGACAGUGGCUGAGUUUGAGCAAUUGUGGACAGAAAUGGUGGAGAAAUACAACAUUGGGCAUGUGAAGUAUUUUCAUAUC